GUCACAUAUUGCGGAAACUGGUGAAAAUCUGCAGGGAUGCUCAUUAUAUAUAGAUAGAUACAUAGGAAUAAACAGUGCAGAUUUACGUUGUUAUGCGGACAAGAAUAUUUUGUGAUAAUCAUUUAAGGUAACUGGUUGGUGGGCACCUAACAUAGCUAGAUUUGACGUCAACUUUUGGUCGGAGAGACAUUGAACUUCAGUUUAGAGGUGAAUAUUUAUAAUACCAACAGUAUGAUCAUGUUGGAAUUAGCCGACAGUGUCAUUAAAUAUAAUUAACAAUAGCAACUCUUGGUGCUACUAAUAGUGUUGUGCUUGAAGUUGGAGUACAUGUAAACAGAAAGUAAAACAGAAAGUAUGGCAAUAGAUUUCUGAGUGAAUCAUCUUGAAUCUAGCCGCUUGAUAGAUUAUGCACACAGUCAGUUGUUGGAGUGGUUGUGGAUAUUAAAUAUUUAUAUAACUUUUAUUUCAUUCAAAUUGUUUGUCUUUUUUUCUUGACGACCAGAUACAAAACUUGGAUUACAAGAGACGAAAUAUCAGGAAAACAGUGUAACAGAGGUGAAUAAUCUGUUCACAUAGUGUGAUCAUUUUGUGUGUGAAGUAAUUGCUGAAAGUGUGUUGCAUUCAGACAUCUCUGGAAUUAUGGAUUCCAUGAAGUAAUAGGACAUGUUGCCGUGACUUCACAGGAAGGGUAGGCCAUUUCCUAGCCUGGCCGUCUCCAUGUGUCUAUUUAUAGGAACCAUGGGAUGCGGUCGCAGCCAGCAGCAGUCCCCAACACAGGGCAAUGAGGAAGAUGAGAUGUAUAGCAAACCAGAUGGUCACAAGAAAAAAAAGAGCAAAGGAGAGAAGAAGGAACACAAACAUCAACAUGUGAACAGCCACAUUUCAAACAGCUCUGAAGAUAUAAGUUCAAAGGCUACAAAAACAAAGAAUUCACCUAUAAAAGCAGCAGCAACCUUGUUGAAGCCGCCAGCAUCGAGUCACGUCAAUGGGUCAUCGGAAUCAACCAAGGUCACACACAUAGAUGUCGACAUACCAGGACACAAAGCUGAUAGAAUGGAUCACUUGAUUCCAAUCAAGGUGCCAGUACGAGAUGGCAAGGAGUUCACAGGAACGAGGAAGGACAUGCACAUCACCCACAGCCAGAUUGAGUUUUUCAAAAUGCUAGACGAGAAAAUUGAACAGGGUGAUGACUAUUCCUCUAAACUGAGUUCACGAGCGACGUCCAGAGUAAACUCAAUAGACGAUUCACUUGAACGCGUUCUGGAAAUAUCAGAAACAAAUCAAGAUCAAGAGCGCAAUAUAGUGCAGUGUGACCGCUAGCAUAGUAUCGUACAUUGUGUAUGUGUCAUUUGUGUUUUCAUCGGGAUUGAUGCGAUUGAUAGGUGCUUGUGUUGGUGGAUACAAUUUGUGACAAGAAUCAGAUGCUACAAGUGCAGUGUAGAGCUGUUUUCAUGGUAACAAAAUCUACUGUUAGAGCUGUUUAUGCAAGUGGUUUAGUUACCAUGGGUACCACUAGCAAAAAAAUGGGAGGUCAGGGCAGGUUUUCACAAAUUUUCGAGUCAGUGCUUCAUUUGGACCAAGUAAACGUUUUAGAUAAAGUUUAAUGUCAAAUACAAUACAAGAAAUCCAGAGAAAUUCUGUUGAAAAUUGUGUUAAAAUGGUAUGUUUAGGUAAUCUAAACAUGUUUAAAACAAUACUACUGUGAAUACAAUCUAUAAUACAAAAACAGAAUUUAUAAAAACACCAACAAAUGUGAGAACAUUCAUUAAAUCUAGAAAUUUUAUGAGAGCGACCAUUUUAAUGAAAUUUAGCAAUUUUAUUAAUUGAUGUUUUUCCCUUUUUGUGAAAACAGGCCUUGAUCUUGUUUUUGGAUCAAAUCACAAUGAGCUGUGAUAUCGGGAGAUUACUGCUUCGGCAUAGAUACCGAAACUAGGCUUCUGUUGGCAUGGAAACAGAAUCAAGUGACCAGUUGGAAUGAAUACAGAAUCAAGUGCUGAUUUCAUGAUACGAUGUUGUCAUAUGAAUGUUUGCAAGCAAAUUUAAACAUAAUUUUGCUGUCACAAAUACCAAGUCAUGUCUUAGUCUAGAUUCCAUUGAACAUGUCAACAUUAUACUUUUGAAAGCUGGUAAUUCAAAGUAAGCAAAUAAAGCAAAUGGUUUAGAAAUGUUCUUUAAAUUUAAUUAAAAUUAACAUAUUUAAGUAAAAUUUCAUAUUUCGAGAAUUAAUAUUUUGUAAACAAAAAUGUGGUCCCAGGCAAUUAUUUCACUCUUAUUUCCACUUAGUUAUUCAAAGUUGUUUGUCAAAUGUUUUACUGAAAGGGCCACAUUGUCAUUUAUAGUGGCCUUAUUCAUGAGUAGGUGCAAGGAUUUAUCUAGCCACGGCAUGCACAAUUGGAUCUUGUGCAAUAUGUGGACAGCUCAAGAACAGCCUGCGCAUUUGCACAGAAGGCUUAUAAGCCAUAAUGGGAAGAAUAAUACAUAAACAUAUGAAAUCAUGUAUGUUUCUUGUGUCAAUGUUUCAUUUGUGUUACUGGGUUACAUGUAUGUACAUAAUGUAUUAAACUUUUUGCAUCCUUAUCAGCUGUUCUACACAAGAUUUCUGUUAACUACUGAUUGGAGUGAAUCAAAAAGUUUGACAUUGGCUAAAAUCAUGUGGCUUUGGUAAAUCUUUUUGUAUCUGUAACAUUCAAUCCAUUAAAAAGGGUAAAUAGUAUAAAAUUAUCUUAAUAUUGUUCAAUUUUUAUUAUGCCCCCCGUAGGGUGGCAUAUAGCAUUUGAAUUCUCUGUCCCUCCAUCUGUCAGUCCGUCCGAAAACUUUAACAUUGGCCAUAACUUUUGGCCAUAACUUUUGCAAUAUUGAAGAUAGCAACUUGAUAUAUGGCAUGCAUGUGUACCUCAUGGAGCUGCACAUUUUGAGUGGUGAAAGGUCAGUGUCAUCCUUCAAGGUCAAAAGUUAAAAAAUACAAUCCAAGGGAAGUAAUAAGCUUUUAAAGGGAGAUAGUUUAUACACCUGCCAAAUCAUAUAUUGAAAUUUUAUUUCAAAGCUGCGCAAUAGGGAGUAUUGUGUUUCUGACAAACACAUCUCUUGUUUAUAUAUAUAUUUCUCAAUAAUGAUGAGGAAAACAUUUUUUUAAGUUUUACGUACAUUCCCCAAAAAUAAUUUUAUGCAUUUUAAAAUGGCAAUUGUUCAAAUGGACACUAAUUAAGUUUAUUGACCUAAAACUAUUGUUCAUAUUCAAUUAUUCUUUAAUUGUUGUUAACCUUACAAUUAAAGACAUGUUUGUGAAAUUCUGAUACAGGUUUGGGGUUUAGUCUUUAUGAAUGUUGUUAGCAAUUAAUACAUUCUUGCCAUACAUAAUAUUUAAAACAACAAAGAUGUAUUUCAUCACUAGAGACACGAGUCACAUGAGGGUUAAAGCAGCUUAAAUACCAAAAUUUGGACAGGAAAAAAAAUUAAUAUUAAAAUGUUUUUCUAGUUUAACAUACUCAUAAUUUAAUUAUAUUUAAAGUAUUAUAAGGUUAAGACGUUAAUGUAUGAAACACUUAACAAAAUUGUCCAGUACCUGCAAGUAAACAAAUAAUUUUAAUGUUCGUUUCCUUAUACAGGUAUUUUCAUUCGUAAUCAGUAAUGUAUAAUACGCCCUUUGCAUUCUCUGCUGUAUUAUAUUUACCCUUUUGUGCAUGAAUGUAUCAUGUGGUUUUUAUAAUGUGUACAUGUUUUCAAAAUGUGUGAUAUGUUUUUACAGCAAUUUUGACAUUUUGCAUUUAGCUUUUCUCUACUUGUGUUGUUGUCCGUGACACCAGACCAUAUUGUUUUCAAAUACAAUAUUUUUAGCAUUAUUUAUUUGCUUUUUUAUGGUGCUGAGGCUAAUUUAAUUGUCAUACAUUGUACUGUUAACCCAUUUAUGCCUAGUGGACUCUUUCAUCCUUCUAAAUUGGAUAUAAAAAAAUCCUAAAAUUAGGGAUGUCUAGUAUAUUUAUUUCUUUAUUUAGAAUCUUUCUUACAGAAAUUCCUUUAAGCAAACAGGGAAGACCCAGAUGAGACCCCACAUCAUGCGGCGUCUAAUCUGGGUCUACGCAGUUUGCCAAGGCCUUUUUUCUAGACGCUAGGCAUAAAUUGGUUUAUAACAUCAUGCCCUCCGCACUUCUGUCUGUCCUAGAUUGUUUCUCUGAGAAAAUUGAUUUUAUUAUGCAAGUGUGCUAUUUUUUGCUACCAAAAUGAAUUUAAUAAUUAAGCCCUUUGUUCAGUAAUAUUUACUGAUCAGUUGCAUUUUUAGGGUUAUAUAGAAAACGCUAUAAAGACUUAUCUAAGUGAAAUUUAAUAUCCAUUAAACAAUUCCAUUUUUAAUUAGGAAGUGCGUAGAUCAAAUGCAUAAGUUAAAGGGUGAUGGAAGAAUAAUUGAAUUGAAUUACACAUGCAUCCUCAAUAUCGUCGCUGAUAUUAUCAAACCUCGUAGCUCCAAAAUUUUCGAAAUAUUUUUUUCGUCUUUUCCGAAUAUAUUAAGUCUGGUGCGUGUUUUGUGCUAUAUCUCGUAGCUCUACGCCAAUCAGAACCCUUGAAAAAGCCACGUGACAAAAUGUUGUAGAAUGAUUGUUGGCUUUUUUCCCGGCGAAAGUCGUAGCGACGCCAUUUCACCUAUAGGUACGUCGUUUCGUUUGAACAAAUUUGAUAAAAACGUUUUUAUAAAAAAAAUUCUUUGCAACUACGAGGUUUCCUAUCAGGACGAAUUGUCGUACCUCAUAAAAAUGACAAAACUGUGGUGACAAAAUAUCGUUGCUACCAUGUCUGACUGUCAGUAUGACUUAUCAGUAUGACUUACGCGUCUAUGGCUUAUACCGUAUUUUGCAGCUUCAUUUGUUUGGUAUUUUUACAGAAUUUCUAUUUCUAAAACAUCGUUAUAAAAAAAAAAGACGUUUUUUUCUCUCUUCUGAAAAGUUGUCAUUUUGUAGCUACGAGGUUUGAGAACGACAGCGACAAUAUGGAGUAGAUUUUUUAAGCUGCAUUCUGGGAAUACUGGGCUUAAAGCAUGUGCGUAAAAUGUCAUCCCAGACUAGCCUGUGCAGUUUUGUCGUAAUAAUGUGCAUGAGUGGUACUGAUACAAGUUUAAAGGCGUUUUAUUCAUGACUUUGUUUCAUGUUGUAAUGGUCAAUGAAUUUAUGUUUUAAUCUGAUCUUUUGUAAGUUUAAUAUAUCGCAUAUGAAAUACACUUGAACAUUUUGUCGCAUAAAUGCAUUUAUAAUUCUUUUAUUUGAUAUGCAUAUUUGUGGUGUUUUUGUUUGUUUGUUUGAAAUCAGAAUUUCUAAAAUUGCUCAUUAAAUUGUAUAAAUAUGUUGUUAUAUUAAAAAAGCAUAAUCAACAAAUCUCAAAUCUCAUUUGUAUGCCCCUGACAUCUUCAUCUGGAGUCAUGUUGAGAUAGUCUUGUCAACAAUUUGCGUCGCGUUCUGAGAAAACUGAUCAUAAUGAUGUGCGUACAGUGUUGUCCCAGAUUAGCCUGUGCAGUCUGCACAGGCUAAUAAGGGACGACACUUUCCGCCUAAAUUGGAUUUUUGAUAAAAAGAGACUUCGUGUAAAGGAAAAAUGUCAUAAAAGCAGAAAGUGUUGUCCCUGAUUAGCCUGUGCGGACUGCACAGGCUAAUCUGGGACGACACUGUACGCACAUGCAUUAUGCCCAGUUUUCUCAGAAUGUGACUCAUUUGGUCUGCAAGGUUAAUUAAAUGUUACUAUGAUGUCUAGCUCUCAUCCCCCGUAUUAAUCCCUUUCUGCUCAGAAGUUAAGUUAAAAUGACUGUAUGCAACCAGCAUAAAACCAGAACAGCCUGCGAGUAACUCGCACUAUGUUAAGGUUCUAUGCUGCUUGUUGCUACUGCUUGUUGCUCAUCAGUAUCUUAAGGUUGGAAACGAAGGCUUUGAAAACCUAUAUUUAGUAAGAAAGAACUUAAAUUUAGUUUGAUUACUUUAGAGUAACUCGCAGUCUGUUUAGGUUUUAUACUGUUUAUUGCUCAUCAUUAUCGUAGGGUUUGGAAACGAAGGCUUUGAAAACUUGAAUCUAGUAAGAAAGGUCUUAAAUUUACUUUAAUUUUCUAAGAGAUAACAAAAGGGCCAAAGUGCGUAUCUGAGUGAUAAAGGCUUAAGACAGUGACUUUGGUUCUAACACAGUUGUUGCUUGUGGCCAUUGCCAAUCCUCCUGUAUUGCCUAAAAUGACCUUGACCUUGCUGCUUGUGGCCUUAGCCAAUCCACCUGUAUCGCCCAAACUGACCUUGCUGCUUGUGGUCAUUGCCAAUCCACCUGUAUCACCCAAACUGACCUUGACCUUGCUGCUUGUGGCCUUUGCCAAUCCACCUGUAUCACCCAAACUGUCUGUGACCAUGACCUUUAUCUUAUUGGGAGUUUUGUCUUAUUAUACAUGUAGUUCAAAUGGGCCGUUUCUUGGUGAACAAGAUUUUACUGUAUUGUCUAUCACCAACACCUCUUACUGCAUCGCCUAAGUACAUGCAAAGUAAUUGUAGCUUUUGAUCAUUCCUUCUCCAUACAUAUCACCAAACCUCACUCGGACCUUCACUCGGACCAUGACCUAGUUUGAACUUUGAAUUAAUAAUAUUGACUUUUUAUGGGAAAAAUUUGCUUAAUGCAUGUGCGUUAAGUGUCACCCCAGAUUUGCCUGUGCAGUUUGCACAUGCUUAUCAGGGAUAACACAUUUUUUGCUAAAUUGGAUUUUUGUUGUUUUUAAGGAAAAAUACCAUAAAAGUGGAAAGUGUUGUCCCUGUCAGUACAGGCUAAUAUAGAACGACACUUUACGCACAUGCAUUAAGCCCAGUUUUCCAAUGCAAGACUCAAUUAUAUAUGCUGUCCUGUGUCUAUUUGGUCAUGAGUGUUUAUUGAAUACAGCUUUUUGAUAUGUUUUAUUGUUAACAGCAUUUUUGUAUUUCGUUUGCUUGUAUAAACUGUGCAAUUUUCUGAUACUUUGUUCACAUAAUAUGUUAGUCAUUUAAGUAAAUGUCCAUGUUUGUGUGAAUAAAAUGUACACGAUGUUAACAUCAUCUGUUACUCAUUUAUAUAAAUGUACAUGUCAGUGUGAAUUAAUGUCUAUGAUUGUGUGAAUAAAUUGAUUUUAAACAGG